AGCGAGUCUCUCAGUCUCUACACACCACCUCCUGUAGCACUUGCUAAGUCGUCAUGUCCACCAGAGCUGUGAAGAACACCAGCUACUCUGUGAGGUCCUCCUCUGCAGUCAUGGGCUGCCCUCAGAACUUCAGCAGCAGCUCCUACUCCGGCGGCUAUGGCGGCAGCGCCAGACAGAGCUACAGCGUCCGCAGCUCCUAUGGUGGCGUUGGUAGCAGCGGCGGGGGCGUUGCAGCAGGUGGUUAUAGGGUAGUUGUGGCUGGGGGGUCCGGGCAAAGAAGGGGUGUGAUGGAGUUUGGGUAUGCGGGCAUGGGUGUUGGCGGUGGUAUGGGGAUGGGGGGUGGGAAGAUGACCUGUACGGGACCCCCUCAAAUCACAGCUGUUCAGGUGAACAAGAGCCUGCUGGCCCCCCUGAACCUGGAGAUUGACCCCAACAUCCAGGUGGUCCGCACCCAUGAGAAGGAGCAGAUCAAGACACUGAACAACCGCUUUGCCUCCUUCAUCGAUAAGGUGCGUUUCCUGGAGCAGCAGAACAAGAUGCUGGAGACCAAGUGGAGCCUCCUGCAGGACCAGACUACCACCCGCUCCAACAUCGACGCCAUGUUCGAGGCCUACAUCUCCAACCUGCGCAGACAGCUGGACGGCCUGGGCAACGAGAAGAUGAGGUUGGAGUUGGACCUGCACAACAUGAAGGGUCUGGUGGAGAACUUCAAGACCAAGUAUGAGGAGGAGAUCAACAAGCGUAACGAGUCUGAAAACAACUUUGUUCUCCUGAAGAAGGAUACAGAUGCUGCAUACAUGGCCAAGAUGGAGCUGGAGGCCAAGCUGAACUGUCUCACUAAUGAGAUUGAGUUCCUCAGGAGUAUCUAUGAUAUGGAGCUGCGUGAGCUGCAGUGCCAGAUCAAGGACACCUCUGUGGUGGUGGAGAUGGACAACAGCCGUAACCUGGACAUGGACUCCAUUGUCGCUGAAGUGCGCGCCCAGUAUGAGGACAUCGCCAACCGCAGCAGAGCUGAGGUCGAGACAUGGUACACACAGAAAUAUGAACAGAUGCAGGUGUCAGCCAGCAAGUAUGGGGACGACCUGAAAAACACCAAGGCAGAGAUCGCAGAUAUGAACCGCAAAAUCAUAAGAUAUCAGUCUGAAAUUGACAUGAUGAAGGGUCAGCACACCCACCUGGAGAACCAGAUUGCUAAGGCAGAGGCGUGCGGUGAGCUGGCGGUGAAGGACGCCAAGCUUCGCAUCAACGAUCUCGAUGUGGCCCUGCAGAGAGCCAAGCAGGACAUGACCAUGCAAGUCCGCCAGUACCAGGAGCUGAUGAACGUCAAGCUGGCCCUGGACAUUGAGAUCGCCACCUACAGGAAGCUGCUGGAGGGAGAGGAGAGCAGGCUGGUGACUGGAAUCAAGUCGGUCAACAUUUCCAAACAGUCUUCUUCAAUUAACUACAACUCCUACCCCCUGGAGAGCAGUCGCCCUACUAGCUGCCUCAGGGGCUCAAUGGGCGGAUACAAGAGCAGCAGCACUUACAUCAGUGGCCAUGAGAACAGACAUGUAGGCCGCAGCUUUGACCUGCCUGGCAGCAUCAUCCUGGGAGCUACCAGCAGAGAUGUGGAUGCCAGCAUCAGCAUGGGAGGCAGCAAAGGCACCAGCAGAGAUGUGGAUUCCAGCAUCACCCUGGGAGGCAGCAAAAGCACCAGCAGAGACAUGGAUUCCACCGUCACCCGGGGAGACGAAUGAGGAGACUUCGUCAUCACAGGCGAUGGUGCAAUUUGUUUACUCUAUCUGUCGCAGAUUUAUGCUUCCCCAACCUACCUUUCAGACUUCCACUCACAUUCAUUUCCCUUUUCUAGCGCCAGGUUACUACUUAAUUUACCUGCCGAACAGUGACACCUGGAAUCACAGGCAGUCUAACUGUAACUUCAUUUUCCUACCCACAAACGGUCUUGUUUAAAGUGGUAAAUGUGAAGGGUUAUGUAUUCCUGAAAGGCCCCUGAAAGUCAACCCCUAGUGUCCAUUCGGCCUACUUGUUUUCUUGCUGACAAUGUGUAGUCUUGUUCACUGUCGAUGGAUGCUUUCCAUCUCAUUUGACUGUCCACACCGGAGUCACCAGUAGGUGUCAUUGUGGCACAUGUUUUUCUCUCUGCUUGCUCUGAGACCAAUUAAAGCACUUGGAGAACCAACAACCUCUUAA